UUUACAAUCUAACGUUAUUUAUUUCCACUGCGUUGUAGUUUUCCGCGUCUGACUUCGUCGCCACUGACCAUUUCCUCGUCCGGUCCUAUAUAUCCUUUCCCAGUUGCCGUAUCCUUUCCUCAUAGCCUCUAUUAAAAAAACUGUGAAGCAGUAAGAGCUACUAACGUUAUUACUAUCGGUCAGGAACCAUUCCCUGCAUGGCCAAGAAGGUGGUGCUCAAGCUCUCCAUGGAGAACAACAAGCAGCGCGCCAAGGCCCUCAAGUGCGUCACCAAAUUACACGGGAUAGCGUCGGUGUCGGCCGAUGAUGAUAAGAUCACAGUGGUUGGCGAAGGGAUCGACUCGGUGAAGCUUGCAACGAUGUUGAGGAAGAAGAUGGGGUUUGUGGAAUUGGUGAUGGUGACCCCCGAGAAGGAGGAGAAGCCAGUACUUGAUGCCAAGAACAUGCAGCCCUUAGUUCAGCCGAUCUACUACUAUGCUUAUCCUGCCUGAAUCAACAUAACGGUUAUGUAUUUGAAAAA